CCCCUCUCUCCUCUCUCCAGCCGUCAAAUAUUCGCAGGUCCGAGCCAGGCCGCCGCAGGCAACGACGCCGAGCCCAGGCCGGCGGCUACCGAGCGAGCUGAUAUAUACCCCACCCCCGGAGGCGGCCCAGCCCCAGCAGCAGCCAAGCGCCACGCUCCACCGUACCAACCAGCCGUGGUGAUCAGUGGUGUUGAUUUCCGCUCCGCGGGCGAGUGUGCUCGGCUUUGCUUGCCUGCCGUGGUGCGGACCGGCAUCCAGGGAGGAUGAAGGUGUCGGCGGCGGUGGCCGCGGCGGCGGCGCUGCUGGUGGUGGUGGUGGUGGUGGCGGCGGCGCAGGCGGAGGCGAGCGAGCUCAAGCUGGGCUACUACGGGAAGACCUGCCGGGGGUGGGAGAACGUCGUGAAGUACCACGUCGCCAAGGCCAUCCGGGCCAACCGCGCCAGCGGCGCCGCGCUCGUCCGCCUCAUCUUCCACGACUGCUUCGUCAGGGGGUGCGACGCGUCGGUGCUGCUUGACCCGACGCCGGCAAACCCGCACACGGAGAAGACGGCGCCGAUCAAUAUCGGGCUGGCGGCGUUCGAGGUGAUCGACGAGAUCAAGGCGGCGCUGGAGGAGCGGUGCCCCGGCACGGUGUCGUGCUCGGACAUCGUGGUGUUCGCCGCCCGGGACGCCUCCAGCAUCCUGAGCAACGGGCACGUGCACUUCGACCCGCCCGCGGGGCGCCUGGACGGCAAGGUCUCCCGCGCCGCCGACGCGCAGCGCGACCUCCCGGACUCGACCUUCACGAUCGGCGAGCUCAUCCGCAACUUCCGGCGCAAGAACUUCACGGUGGAGGAGCUGGUGAUCCUGUCGGGCGCGCACGCCAUCGGCGUGGGCCACUGCUCCUCCUUCCGCGCGCGGCUGACGUCGCCGCCGAGCCAGAUCGUGCCGGCGUACCGCAACCUGCUGUCCGGGCGGUGCGCCGCGGGGGCGGACCCCGUGGUGCCGAACAACGUGCGGGACGAGGACCCGCGCGCGGUGGCGGCGGCGUUCCCGUCGUUCCUGAAGAAGCUGCGGCGGAGCGGGGAGUUUCUGGACAACAGCUACUACCACAACAACCUGGCCCGGAUCGUGACGUUCAACUCGGACUGGCAGCUGCUGACGGAGAAGGAGGCGCUGGGGCACGUGAAGGAGUACGCCGAGAACGGGACGCUGUGGGACGAGGACUUCUCCGACGCGCUGGUGAAGCUGAGCAAGCUGCCCAUGCCGCCGCGCAGCAAGGGGGAGAUCAGGAGCCACUGCCGCGUCGUCAACGGCCACCACCACCACCACUAGCUUCAGCUUCAGUUCCUUGCUUGGACACGAUGCUACUACGACGUGCUACGCGUCACCUGCUGCUGCAGGAUAUGAUGCAGCUGAAAACUGUGAUUACUGUCUCGUUCGCUCGCAGAUCAUCGAUCGAUCGGUUCAUCAUUUGAUUGUUCAUCUUGCUGUUGAUGCUGUAAUGUGAUUUUUUUUGUUGUCUUUCUGGUGUUGGGGGAUUUUAAGUGAUUGAUUUGUUAUAUCAUCUUUGCAUGGACAAAGUUACAAAAAAAAGUUGGGACAUGGGUGUAUAUGUGAGAAUGAACUGCCGUGCAAUCAAGUUGGUUUGGACUUUGGACAAGAUGAGUCCAAUUUUCUUGUAUUAAGGAUAGAUGGUCCAAUUAAGAAAGUAAAGUAACUGGCCGAUUGGCUGGUUGUGGGGGCUUGGAACAA